AUCCAUUUCACCCCAAUACAAACACGAAACCCUUAUUUUCCCCCAAAUCAAAAUUUCCCCUAAACCCUUAAUUUUCCCCAAAUCAAACCCAUUUGCCGUCUCCCUUUCUCUUUUGGUUCGACAGCAAGCAGAAAGAUUAAGGGAUUUCAUUUUCGAAAUCAAACCCGACUGAAGGCUAGCUUUUGCGAGUCCAAAAAAUCAAGAAAUGUUUAAGUGCCUUCGUUGCACCUUGGUGCCCUGUAAACACUUCGGUGUCCCUGUUUGCACAAUUGUGCCUCUGAAUGCACAGUUUUGCCACCCCAUUUGGUGGGAGGAAGCAUUGGCGAGAAAGGGGAAGGAGCAAGUCAAUCGGCUAGAUAGCUCAACUUGGAGAAAUUUUAGUAAGUUCUUCAAAGCUUCAAAUGGAAGGAUUAAGCGUAGCAGAUGCUAAUUUGGUGAUGUAUUUACACCCAUCAAAGAGUAGGAACGUGUCUCAGUCGAUUCUCCGUGAGCUUGGCUCUUUGCUAUUCAAGUUCAAUGAAACAUUUGAUGGUGUUUUAUUGGCCUAUGAUGUCAAUAUUCUGGAUAAACAGGCGAAAAUUCUUUCUGGUGUUCAUCCUUAUUUUGGUCUUAGACUAAAAGCAAAUCUCUUACUUUUUUCACCAAAGCCAGAUAUGCUCUUAGAGGGGAAGGUAGUGAAGCUUUCUCAAGAAUCUAUUCAUGUUAUUGUUCUCGGUUUCUCGUCUGCCAUCAUAACAGCUGAAAACAUUCGUGGAGAAUUUAAAUAUAGAACCAAAGACAAAGAGGAACUAUUUGCCAGCAAAUCUCACAAGCGACAUGUCAUAAAUGUUGGAACCAUGAUCCGAUUUUUAGUCAAGAGUUUUGAUGAGGAAAUACUUCAUAUUAUUGGAUCUCUGGUAUCAGCUCACACAGGAAGCAUUCGUUGGUUGGAUAGACAUUUGGAGGAAGGUUCAGAAUUUGAUAGGAGUUCUAUGAAGAGUAGAGAUAGAGAAUGGCUUGGGGAUAAAACUGUUGAUGAGGGAGCAACUCCCAUGAGCUACGAUAAUCAUAUUAAAAUGUCGAAAAAGCGUAGAAUCACAGAAUGAUGGUGAUGAUUGCUUCAAAUUACUAAUUAUAUAAGGAGAUUUCUUGUUGUCAGGUAAUUCAUUGACCAAUUCUUGUGCUCACCAUGAGUACUGCUAAUCUUUUAUUAGUGUUGAAGUCUUCUUCUCCUAAAUAACUUUUACAUCCUCUGUUAGAGUAAUCAAACUUGUGAACUGUUGGUAGUAUUGAUGAGUUAUGCAUAAAACACAGUACCUGUUUUAGUUUAUGUUCAUCUAUUUGCUUUUCUUACAUCUUGUAUGAGAACCUUUUGAUGUUAACUUUUUUGCCUACUUUAGUCUUAUACAUUAAUCGCUUAUAAUUACAAGUGUACUGCAAAAUAUGUGCUAGUACAUGUAGUGGGGAGUGGUGGGCUGAAGGCCCAUGUAGAUGAAGGUAUAUUGCUUCUGGUGAUUGCUUCGGUAAGGAAUUGUUCUUCUGUUGAAGCUUGCUAAAAUUUUGAAAUCUUCCCUUCAGUUUUUGUGGUCGUUGUUUUCUAUGUGACCAAGAUUGAAAAGUCCAGAUUCCCAAGUCGAUAAAAGAGAUUGCAAUUUUUUUCUCCUGUGAAGUAGGCAAUUUUUGUUUCCUAAUGAUGUAUGUUAAGAGUGACUUUUUUGUACGUUGUACAAGUAUAGACUUGGUCUUAUCUAUAAUAUGUUAACAUCGAAUUUAGCAAAAGGAAA